AAAUCGUAAUUGUUUAUCUCACUAAAACACAUAUUUUAUGAAUGAAAAUCUAACAAAAACCGUUUUAAAAUGAACUCGAAUAAAGAAAGCAGCAUGGAUUGGAAGCCUUCACCAAAUAUCUGCAGGUGCUGCCUCACUGACGGCUGUUACAAGAAUAUUUCAUCUGCUUACUAUUUCUCUGGCGAAAAGGAAGAUUACGAAGAAAUGCUGAAAGAAACUCUCAAUAUUCAGAUUUCUGACCAGAAUGGUGCCAGUAGACUUAUCUGUGAAGAGUGCAUUGUUCGGCUUCGAGACGCGCGUGCCUUCAAGCAAACUAUACUUCAGAGUGAGGCCACACUCGGCCAGUACACAUUGGAACAUGAUGAAGAUAUCAUCAUGGAGACAACCCUAAAGUUGUCAGAUGUGAAGGCGGAACCACUGCCACUAGAUGCAGAGGGUGUCGACGAUGGGUGUCCAGAUGAUGCUAGUCUUGAUGAUAAUGAGAUCCUCGCCAACAUAAAACUCGAGCUUACGAAAGACGUGAGUUUAGAAGCUGGGGGGAAACCCGCGAGAGUCAAACGGAAAACGAAGACUAAGAAAAGAAUUAAACACAAUAAUACAGAGUCGGAUCAGGACAAGUGGCGGGCUCUAGCGGAGCGGCGCGGCGCCGGGCCGCUGCUGAGAGAGAACUCGCUCAAGCUACUCGCCUACUCGACCGCGGCCGUGUUUCAGUGGAACAAGAGCUGGUACCGGUGUUUCUGCUGCAAAGAGCCUUUUCCUGACAUGGCCGGCUUAAAACAGCACACACAAACCUCACACACUCUAGAACACAUCAAGAGAAAGAUUAUCCUCCAACAGAACCGACUAGUCAAAGUCGAGGUCACAGAUUUAAGCUGCAAAAUCUGUCAAAAACCUAUAGAAAACUUGCAAAAAUUAAAAGUACAUUUAGUAGAACAUGACAUCAAAAUUGAAGGCGAAGAUCUACUGGUACCAUUCAAGAUUGAAGAUAAUUUGCAAUGUCAAAUAUGUUCAGAAAAUUUUUCAGUUUUUAGAUUGUUAAAUAUGCAUAUGAAUAAGCAUUUUCAAAAGCAAGUCUGUCAUAUUUGUGGGGCUGCGUUUUCUAAUUUAGUAUUUUUAAAUUUGCAUAAAACUAGGUCUCACAGACCGUUUCGUUGCAAGCAUUGCAACGAUGUAUUCUCUAAUAAGACAGAUAAAAAACAUCAUGAAAUUACUGUACAUAAUGUUAAGUAUGAAAGGAAGUUUCGGUUCCCGUGUCCAUAUUGCGAUGAGAGAUUUUUUCAAGAGAAUUUUAAAGUUUUGCAUAUGGUGGAAAAACAUGGUUUACCAAAACCUGAGCAUAAGUGUUUGGUGUGUGAGAAAUCUUUCGUGACUCGGAGUUUGUGUAAUAAUCAUAUGAAAAAUGUACAUAUGAAAGAAAAGAAUCAUGAGUGCGAUGUGUGUCAUAACUUAUUUUAUACGAGGUCGGAUGUGACGCGGCAUAGAGUGACGCACACGGGGGAAAAGCGGUUUUCAUGUACUUUAUGUAGUAACCCGUUUGCGACUAAAGACUCUUUGAGACGGCAUAUGAAAAGGACUCAUGUUGGUUUGCAUUAAAUUGUUGAAGUUA